CUAGGGCUUCAAGGCUUCAACCAAUCCCUCAUCUAUUCAUCAAUUCUUCUUAUUCUUUUUUUUUUUUUGACAAGAAUUCUUCUUAUUCUGAAUCUCUUAAAAAUCACAAUUUUUUUUUUUUGUAAAUUCAUACAAUUCUGAUCUUUGUGAACUAACCUCAAAAGAAAAUCUGUUGUAAAAAAUCGUGGUGGUCACCGCCAUAGCACUGUGUUCCACCCCGCCGAGCACCGUGUGUUCCCCGCCGUAGACCUCGAAUCCACCGGCUGAUCUCCGCCGUCGUAGGCCCCAAAGCCGGUCGUCGGCGGCCUCACGUGCCUUUUCUUGUCGCCGCCCUCGGUGAAGCACGACAGAGGCAACGAAUUCACCGCGACGUCGUCUUCAUUUCGCUGCAGCUACUCCUCGUGGGGAUCGAAUUCAUCUCUGAAGCACACUUCGUUAGUAGCAGUAGUAACCUGUCUUCGUGUAGUCAUCUUUUGACAGGGUUGGGAUGAUCCCAGCCCCUGAUUUAGGAGAAGGUUUUGUGGCUGAGUCUCAGCCACAAAAUGGACCAAAAAGGUUGGAAGCUAACUUGACAGGAUCCAGCCCCGUAAUUCUUUCCUUUGUUUAUGGUGAUUUGAAAAGUUGAGACCAUCAAGUGGUGCAUAUAUCCCCUGAUCACCAUUGUUUGGUAGUACUAAUUAAUAAGAAAAGUUAGCCCACCCUUCAAACUUUUUAGUAAAAACGAUCUUCUUGUCUUCUCCAAACAACAACUUUGGAACCAGAACCAGACCCCUGGAAAUGGGUUUGAACAUCGGUGGGCAAGUGGGGAAGGUGAACGGGAAAGAGCUGAGUUACAGUGAUUUCGUGCAGCGGUACCUCUUGAAGAACGAACCAGUGGUUCUGACUGGACUCAUGGAUGAUUGGAGGGCUUGCAAAGAUUGGGUCCUCCCCGACGGCCGCCCUAAUCUCCCUUUCUUUUCCACCCAUUUUGGUUCUUCCACUGUUCAGGUUGCAUAUUGUUAUACUAAAGAGUUCACUGAUCAGAAGAGAGAAGAAAUGUCCGUGUCAGAGUUCAUUGGCGACUGGCUUGAGUUUUCGUCGGGGGAGUUUAAUGAUGGAAAGUCCCUACUGUAUUUGAAGGAUUGGCAUUUCGUCAAGGAGUACCCAGAGUAUUUAGCAUACACAACUCCUCUCUUUUUCCGUGAUGACUGGCUCAAUCUUUAUCUUGAUAAGUAUUGUAUGCAUGAAGAUCCAGAAACUGACAAAGAGAAAAGCGAGAUAUGUUGUUCUGACUAUCGUUUUGUUUACAUGGGAGAAAAAGGCACAUGGACUCCUCUACAUGCUGAUGUUUUUAGGUCUUAUAGUUGGUCAGCGAAUGUUUGUGGCAAGAAGAAAUGGUACUUUUUGUCUCCUACUCAGCGCCACCUUGUGUUUGACAGGAAUAUGAAGUGUUCUGUAUACGACAUCUUUGAGGAUGUUAGUAAAACAAAGUUCCCUGCUUUUGACAAGGCUAUCUGGAUGGAAUGUACUCAAGAAGAAAAUGAAAUAAUCUUUGUUCCAAGCGGAUGGUACCAUCAAGUUCAUAAUCUGGAAGAUACAAUAUCGAUUAACCACAACUGGUUCAAUGCCUAUAAUAUCUCCUGGGUGUGGGAUUUGCUUUUGAGGGACUAUAAUGAAGCAAAGGAGUACAUUGCAGACAUCAAAGAUAUUUGUGAUGAUUUUGAGGAACUUUGCCAGCGCAACCUUGCUGCUAAUACAGGCAUGAAUUUCCAGGAUUUCUUCGUCUUCAUAGUGCGCUUCUCGUUUGCCAACUUGGUUUUACUUUACUGUCUUGUAAGGGAUAAUGAAAAUUUUGUUGAGCUUUCAUCACAAAGAGCACGUCAUAUAUAUUUCAACCUUGAAUCUGCACGGGAUGCUGCAUUAAAGAUGAACUCUACAGGUCUGGCGCAAAAUGGCGGUAUCCCUAUUGAUUUCAACAGAAACCUAGGGGACUCUGCAUUCAUUGAACUAUGCAUGGCUUUAGGUAGAACAUAUCAGUUGCUACAUGAGCCAUGCAAUAUAAGUGAGAUAACAAAAGCUUUAGUGGAUGAUUUGGUGGAAUUUGAGUUUGUUGACCCUUCUGUUUCUCAUAUCUCUACUCCUGAAGACCUUGUGAGUUUGAUAGACUAUGCCUUUACAAAGCUCAGUAGCCUUAGCUCUGGAAAAUUUUCACAUUAGAUGGAUUGGAAGAUCUUUGAAGCUCAGCUCCAUCACAAGAACAGUUUCAAAACAGUGGGAUUCCAGCUUUCUACGGGGACUUCAGCACUUUAAUGAUUCUCAAAAUUAGAAAAGGUGAUUUUGCGAAAAAAGGUCAUGACUGGGGAAAUCUAAAAUAUGAAGAGGGGUGUUGGUAUAAAUUCAUUGCCAGGAAUGUAUCUCUUGAUAUGCAGGGAUUGAGUCACGUUCAGGUUGGAUCAUUGGAUGCUGUCACUGCUUUGAGAAAAAGAAGCUGAAGGUUAGUUGCUGUUUCACAUUUGGUAAAUAUUAUGAGUGAAAUGAAAGUGAAACUUACUUUAUUCUUUGUCGUUUCAAAUUCAUAGAUUUUGUGAUGACUUGUCAAGUUUUAAGCACAUAGUGAAGUCAGAAUUUACUUAUAAUGGAAACGCGGAUCAAUGAGAACUAACAUCCAUAGAAUUCUUUUCUUUUC